UUCCUCUUUUAUUUGAAAUCCGGAAGUGUUUUGAAACAUUGUAGCAGCUUGACACAGCGAGAGAGCGUUUGCGGUGCGUUCGCUUCUGUUUGUAUGUGGCGGGGACUAUGAGAGCGCGGGAAGGAGGUGCUGAGGGCCGCGUGAGCUGAGUCACCGUGAAUCAUCUAUAUGGGCCAUUUUCUCUCAAAAAAUGGUUACAGCCUGAAGAAGAAAUCACGGAAGCAGCGCAAGAAGAAGAAGAGGAGCAGGAACUGCUUCCUUCAGGGUCCCUGCAUGCUGUGCUUCAUCGGGAGCGUCGAGGACGACUGGCCCUUCGAGAGCGCGGUGGCAGCGGCUUCCAAACUCGCCGAGCGCUACGUCUCGCUGAACUCAACCGAAGCGUGCACCAAGUUCCUCCUCUCUCAGGGAGAGCUGGCCGUUUGGGAAGGCCAGGGUCGGAGUCUGCUCUCCAAGCUGAUCGGGCCCCCGGCGCUGUUCUGUGCCGUGGACUAUUUGGAAAUGGUGUGCAAGCGCAAGUGUGCUGAGCUGCAGCGGUGUACGCCCCGCAAACAGCCUCGCUGUGCCUUCCAGGAGGCCAUGGAGAACGGAGAGGAGCGAGGAGACCGCCGCUGCCUCCUUCCUUCGCUGCCUUCAUCCUCCUUGUCUUCCUGUCCUUUGGAGGAGGACGGAUCCGGCGCGGGGCGGCUUACAGACUCGAGCUCCGCCACAACCUCCUCCUCCUCCUCCUGCUGCUGUCAGCUGUCCCAAAACGAGAGCUCGGAGGAGGCGAAGAGCGCUGAAAGUACAGACACGUCCCACAUUAACCAGCUGCCCUCCUCUAUACUGCUCAAGGUGUUUUCUCACCUGUCGGUGAAGGAGAGAUGUCUGGGUGCGUCUCUGGUCUGUAAAUACUGGCGUGAUCUCUGCUUAGACUUCCAGUUCUGGAAACAGAUCGACCUCAGCGGCCUCCAGCAGGUUACAGAUGAUCUCCUGGUGAAGAUCGCGUCCCGGAGGCAGAACGUGACUGAGAUCAACAUCUCCGACUGUCGUAACGUUCAGGACCACGGCGUUUGCUCUCUGGCGUCCAACUGUCCCGGUCUGAUCAAAUACACGGCGUACCGCUGUAAGCAGCUCAGCGAUGUGUCUCUGUGCACCGUGGCCAUCCACUGCCCGCUGCUGCAGAAAGUGCACGCGGGGAACCAGGACAAACUCACUGACCACGCUCUCAGACUGUUGGGCGAACACUGCAAAGAGCUGAAGGAUGUGCAUUUCGGCCAGUGCUACAGCAUCAGUGACGAGGGUCUGGUGGCGCUGGCGCAGGGAUGCAGUAAACUACAGAGGAUCUACAUGCAGGAGAACAAACUGGUGACAGAUAAGUCUGUGCAGGCGUUUGCGGAGAACUGUCCGGAUCUGCAGUUUGUGGGCUUCAUGGGCUGCUCCGUGACGUCUCAGGGUGUCAUACACCUCACCCGGCUGCAGCACCUGAGCAGUCUGGAUCUGCGGCACAUCUCUGAGCUCAACAACGAGACGGUGAUGGAGGUGGUGAGGAAGUGCAGGAACCUGACGUCCCUCAACCUCUGCCUCAACUGGACCAUCAACGACAGGUGUGUAGAGAUCAUUGCGAAGGAGGGUCGGAGUCUGAAGGAGCUCUAUCUGGUGUCCUGCAAGAUCACAGAUCACGGUAAGACUGAGAUGAGUUUGGAUGCGGACCAAAACGUAAACCCUUCAUUCUCAGAGAUACAGGGGGCGCUAGAACGGACAUGAACUUUAACCUUUAGU